GAGGGAGGCUGGGAGAGAGGGUAAGAAAAUUCAAGUGGUUCAUUGUCUGUCUAUACUUGGAACAGAAUGCUUUUACAAAACAUAGGAAGCAGUAGUGUAUACAUGCAGAGUUUGCUUUAGAGAGUUUUGUAAAGUAGAAUAAAGUUCAACCUGAAUGGGAAAGAAAACAGGUUCUGCUGUAUUUUAUAUUCCCUUGGGACUGGUCAGUGUCACUGGACAGAGGUUACACCAUGGGCCAGCGGCCAACCUUAGGAAGCCUUCUGUUUUUCCUCGGGCUAUGUGGGAUCUGUACAGGAUUCAAACAGGAGAACUGUAAAAACUUCAGUACCCAGUUUGAAAGGGUCUUCUCUGUUCCCGGGGAUGUGGCUAUGCUGAACAGCACCCUGGCGUCUUAUGACAUCUUCAACAUUUCCGAUGUGCCCUACAACAUCACCUGGUACGACUCAAAGUUGGGCCAAGAAAUGAGUAACGAGACCGGACGAACCCAGGUGCGCGGAGAGACUCUGUGGCUGCUGAACACAAGGCUGGAGGACGACGGAGAAUAUGUGAGCGUGCUGAGAACGCCCUAUAGGUGCUACAGCCAGGCCACCAAGCUGAUAGUGGAGCGGCGCGUUGCUGGAGAGUGUGGCAGGCCGAGGAAAGCUGAUCAAACAAUCACCAAGGGAGUCACUGACUACCUGAGCUGCCCUCUGAAGGAAUACAUCAGUAAACUGAACAGCUACAACACCCCCUACUCCUUGAUGUGGUACAAAGGCUGCGACCCCAUUGUGGACGGGUAUGGCAGAUAUACCUACAUGGAUAACACCAAGCUGAAGAUUGAUAAUGUGGAACCUAAAUACAACAUGCCCUUCACCUGCACUCUGAACUUCAGUCUCGAUGGCACCUCCGUGUCUGUUUCAGAGAGCAUUAAAGCAUCGGUCACAGCAAUGUACUCUUUGAGCCCACUGGUGCGCCAACCGGCCAGUGGCAUAAUCAAGGCACCGAUAGGGUCACGUUUCAGCACACGGUGCCUGGUAUUUGUGCCGUGUGUCGGGAAGCACUCGGUUGAUGUUUUUUGGAUCGUCCAUAAGGAUUUCAUUACGAAUACUAAUUCCUCUCAUCGUGUCUACACGUCGACACAACUGUUUAGGAAAGAGAAGGAUCCCGUUGAGGGUGUGUUGUUGGAGCGUGUGCUGACCAUUUCUAAGCUAGAGGAGAAGGAUUUCCACAUCAACUACACUUGUCAAGCGUACAGUGCCAGAGGUCAUCCUCAGGGCUACUUCACUCUGCUGCCAACAGAUCCAGACAUGAGACUUCCCAUUGGGAUCAUUCUUGGUAAUUUGGCAGUCCUCUUCAUCUCCUGCGUCGUCGUCUACUACCUCUUUAAAGUCGACAUUGUGCUCUGGUUUCGGAGAAUGUUUCCAGUCUUCUAUACAAAUACAGAUUCGGAUGGGAAGCUGUAUGACGCCUACGUAGCGUACCCUCAGCCCGACACAGAGGGAUUCAGCAAUGAAGUGGAGGCGUUCGUCCUUCACACACUCCCCGAAGUGUUGGAAAAGGCCUGCGGAUACACACUCUUCAUAGCAGGCCGCGACUGCACGCCCGGGACGGCCAUCGUGGACUCGGUGGAAGAGAACAUACAAGCCAGCCGCCGCCUCCUGCUGCUCUACACCGCCUCCAGCUUCAUCAAAAGGAGACUCACCAGCAGCACCAGUGGCAACAACAACAACAACAUCACAAAGAGCACCGAAAGCAGGGAUAACGGCGAAGACAGCGAAGGCAAGAAGAACGGCGACCGCAGCAGCAACGUCAGUUUUGACGGCGAUGAGGAAGACUAUCCAGACCCAAGACUGCAGCUGGAGCGUCUGGCAGCGAUGCACCGAUCUCUACUGGAGGGAUCUCUCAAGGUGAUUCUGGUAGAGCUGGAAGAGAUCACCCCGGCUCAGCUGGCUCUCUUCCCCGAGUCGGUGCGCCACCUGAGGAAGAAGCAGGGCGCCCUGUGUUGGUGGAAGAACCAGAGCAGGGGGGAAAGGUGUAAGACAUGCAUGAGGACAACAGUGGAAGAGGAGAAAAGUAGAAAGCUGUCGCAAUCCCUCUCCCCUUCCUCCAGGUUUUGGAAGGAGAUGAGGUACUGUAUGCCGGUGAAGGGCAAGAGGGCGAUGUGCCCCGAGAAAACAGCUCUGAUGAACUUAUGAAGCGGUCCUCUUGUUUCCAGUGUUAUUGUUUAUUGAUCCUAUCAAGCAGAGACAAUUAAGAAAAACUGUGUGCUCACGAGAAGCUGAGGGUUCACACUCACAGCAGAGGUGAACCAAAAGGAACUCUUUAGCAUUGCUCGACUUGUCCAACUGUUGGUACCCGGUAUUUCUCUGCUGCAGAUAAUGCCCCCUUCAGUAAUCAGCUGUUUAGGCUUGACAUUGGGACAUUCGCUGAACGCUUCAAUUGGCAAACAAAAAGGAAGGUCUGCGAUUCGCCGACGGUAUACCUUGACGCCACGAUUAGGGACGACUCCUUCCGACCAAUCCGUGAUCUGCAAUAACGUCACCUUCUAGUAUCGGCACAUCACGCUCGGAACCUCCAAGUUGUUUGAUUAUAUUGACAGCAGGAGUCGGAGGUCGGACGUCACAUCCGUGUUGACUGCGUUCCAGUAGCACAAGUCGGAAGAGGAUGCACGCCCGCAAGAAAGUUGUUUGCUUCGCUUUACUUUGUAUUUUGUAGCGACAUGUCCGCAGAUAGAAGAUGAGCAGGGCCAUAUGUACAGUUGAUUUAAUGUGACACAAAUAAUACAGAAGAGCUAAAAAUGUUAUUUAUGGAAAGGUGAUCUCGGGUAUUGUGAGGUGUUGCCAGGUUUCCAGUGGAAAUUGGAACGGACCAUAGGUUCCUGGCCACUUUUCCUAAUGGAAGACCAACAAAUAGCAGGUCGUGAUGAGUAGCAUUGAAAACACGGCAAUAGAGCAACUAUAAUUGUGUACAGAAUCGAUAAAGGCAGAGUAACUUAUCAACACAAGUUGCAUUGGGUAAAAAUGCAUCAACAGCAGCUCUUAUUAGACUUGGAGAUCAUCAGUGUCUCCAUCUGUAAAUUAACUGGCGUAACGUGCUUCAAAGGACUGACUGGUCAAUCCAAAUGAUGUUGUUUCACUGUCAAAUGUACAGAUGUUUGAGGUAAAUGUAAAUAUGUACAAAGAAAGCAAACCUUGAUUUAUUUCGAUGAAGUGUGCAUUUAAUGCAGUAAUGUUAAACUGGUCUAAUAAAGACGCCUAAGCUUGAGGAGCGUGACUGUGUUGUCAAUAAAUGAACAUUUUGCAAGGAAAA